AUGGUGCUAUGGGAGAUCACAUUGGGAACUGCGUAUUUUUUGGGUCUGAAACGGACUUACAAACUGGCUUUAAGGAUUCAACGUAGGCUUAUUAGCCCCAAGUACCCUAGGAUUCGUCAGUUUGUUCAAAGGCGAACACGUGCUGUUUUCGAUGUUGCUCUGAAGGUUCAUCUGAAUAUACAACAAAGAGACAUAGAGGUUGGUCGGAAUCUUGGCAACAGGAUUCUGAGGUGGUUGGACCGAAUGAAACCUUCUGCUGGUAUUCGUGGCCCCCCACCUGAGAAACUGACAAAUGGUGCUAGCUCAAAUACGAAUUUUAGAAAUCAGGUUACCAACAACACUUCCCACCUGAAAGCUUCGGGCACUGACCAGACAUCCAGACACCAGGAAUCUGAUAGGCACCUUUUCACCUCAGCAAGGAAUAUGUGGUCAAAACCGUUUUCAUCCAUUGCAAUGAUGAUGCGGCCAUCAAGACCUGGAAUUUUUACACAGUACAGGCACUUGAGCAUACAGGGCCCUGAAAUGUCAAGACCAAAAUACAAUGUUGAUGCUGGAAGUGGAUUUCAGGGGGUUUUCCGGAAGGAUGUAAUGCAGUAUAUACUGCAAAGCUAA